CGAUUGCGCAGAUGAUUGGUUUCAAAUCUAUAAAAGACAAAUUAGGCGAAGCACAAGUGUUGUAUUUGCAAUGAUGCGGGUCACCUUCAUUUUGGUGUUCGUCAUCGUGUUCCAACUACAAGUCUUUCAAGCGUUGGAGUGUGAGCUACAGAAUCACGCAGAAGAGGAAGGAUUUCAAACUGCCAUGAAGAAGUGUAUUCCGAAACAACGCACUUCGGAAGAGUCGGAGGAGGAUUCGGUGCCGUCGACGCGCAAGGAAAGAGGCGCAAGUGAAGAAAAGCAAGCGCGUAAUGAAACAAAAAUCGACUGUGCUUUGCAAUGCAUUUUUGAAGCAUUGGACAUGGUCAAUUCGGAAGGAUACCCCGAUCGUGGUCGCGUCAGUCAAACCUUGCUGAAGUUCGCUAACGGCAGGGAGAUCAGAGAUUUUCUUCAAGAUUCAGCAAACGAGUGCUUUGAUCUCAUGGAUAAAGCUGAAAAGAUGGACACGUGCGAAUUUUCGAAUCGGUUAACAAACUGCUUGGCGGAGAAAGGAAGCGCUAACUGUGCCGACUGGGAAAUUACCAACCUCCCUAACAGCAAUUGAAUACCUAUUUGUUACUAUUAGUUCUUAUGCACUUCUUGAAUUAAAAGAUGCAUUCACCUCUGUGUCUGUGGUUUGUCGGCACACCUUAUGCGAUUUAAACCAUUAUUAUUAUGUUAUGGAUUAUAAAAUAAAGGUAUUACCUACU